AGCACAAACAAUUAAACAACAAUUCAUUUAAAUUAUAUUUCUAAUUGAUCGAGCAUUGAAAUGGCUCCAUGUAUCAAGCUCAACUCAUUGUCAACUAAACAGUUAACUAUUAUUUGUUCAUUAAUUGCUACUGUAAUAACAAUUGGAGUUGUGGUAACAAUAACUAUACGUAAUAGAUCUCCAAACCUCCAAGAAAGCAACAUCCAAGAAUAUGCGUUUAAAAUUAAAUCGACUAAACCUCAAUGGAUACAGUUUGUUGAUGAAGAGACAUCUCUUGUGAAUGCUUUUAAUGCUGGUACUAAAGAUGACUCUGAACCAAUUUAUGUUUGUCGUGUCAAUUUCGGCGAAGAAAUUUUACCUGGCACUUACAGCUCUAAACAAGCGUCAUGUAAAGUUACUUAUUGGUUUUACACUCAUGAACAUAAGGAAUUUGAAAUACUCAUAGCUGAGGAUCAUUCAAUAUUUGUUUGGCAAGACAGUAAAGAUGAUAAUGCUUCGAAUGGUGCUCUAGUAGGCGGAAUUUAUGCAUCUAAAUAUGAUAUUAAAAUAGCAAAAGUUGGGCGCAAGGGUGAUGAACAGAUUGGUAGAGUGGAAUUGACUACUAAUGAAGCUCUGGCAUCAAUUGGACAGCACGAACAUAGUUUCACGGAUUAUCAAGUUCUGUGUCUAUACGAUUACAGCUUACUCUGAUUUUACUCGAAUAGCAAUUUUUUGUACAUUAAAAGAUUCAUAUUAAUUCACUUUGUACCUCGUUUUAGUUUUACUGCCAAUUUUUCAUUGAAAAUAUAAUGAAAGAUAGAGUUAAAGAAAGAGUUGACCAAAUUGCACAAAAAUUAUCCCGAGUAUUUAAAGUAUUAUUUGGUACAAUUUGAUAUCGAAUGUGAGUCCUGUCACAUCAGGUCAGCUCAAACACAGUAUUUUGACCAUAUGCUUUUGUUGCUUUGGAAACGAUCAAAGCAACCCAAACUCGUUUUGAGCAGCAUUUUUGUUAAAAUUCUAACAUUUCAAGUGAAUAGUAAACAAACAAGGUUGACUUUGACCACGUUUUUGGGAGUUUAAAUAUUUUUUAACCUCAAUAUUCAUUUUUAACACAAUACUUUUUCAUUUCCUUUCUUAACAACAGACACUUUUCCUAUUGGUUAAGUUUAUUAAGUUAAGUCUGAGGUAAAGUGUAAAAUGAGUGAAAAUAAUAAAACAACUAUAAAAGUUAAGUUGAGUGAUGAAGAUUAUCAUGACAUUGUUAUUGACUGGGCAGAUGAAACCUGUGAAUAUCAUCAGCAAAUAUUUCAACAGCUUGUAGCCUACACCGGAAUACCAAUUUUAUAUAUAAAUUGCAGCAUAAUACUGAAAGACGAGUCAGCUAUUUUGAUGGAAAAUACAAAUCGCUUGUGGAGAGCUGAAAUCCUGAAUCAUACAGAGGAAACUGUUAGAAGUAGAUUAAAUGAUGGCGAUUGCUUUACUCUUCAUUUUGAUGUGGAUCUCGUGAGUGGAUACGAUCACCUUUUUGAUACGAAUGUUAACCUAAUUGACUCAAGUGAUUCACAUGGUAAUGAAUGUAAGCAAUUCUGGUGUCAACAUCAAAGUACAAGAGUUUACUUGGACAAGAUAAUUGGAACACUUACAAACUCGGAGUUACAAAAGAAAAUCAAAGCUGAACUUCCUGCUGAAAGAUAUUCUGUAGAUGGAGAUGAAUGGAUGAAACUGAUGGUUAAUUUCAAUAUAAAACAAUAUUUAGGUGGAUACUGUACUUUGGCUGCGGUUCGUCAAGAGUUUCGUCCUUAUUUACCCCAUCGAGGUUAAUAAAUGUUAAUACACACGUUAUUAGUUUAUCUCAUUGUGAUCAAACUACCAUUUUUAAGAUAAAAUAAAUAAUGAAAACAAACUACAACUAAACUAAACUAUAAGCAAAAUAUCUUUGAAAUUAACUAA